AUGAAUUUAUAAAAUUCAAGUUCUAUUGAGAUAAAUUCCUCUGAAGAUAAGAAAGAUGAUAUUAAUGAAGUGAUUUUAAUGAUGAACAAUCAAUUUCUUUAAGUUAGAAGACCUAAUGAAGAUAACAUUUUAGAUUAUCUAAAUUAUGAUCAACAAAACAAUAAACAAAAAUUGACAUCUAAAGAUAAUACUUUUAAUUUUGAAUCACCUUAAUAAGUUUUCCUUUUAUAAAGAAAUGAAAAUUAGUCUUAUUUUGAAUAACCAAAUUUACCAUAAAAAACAUUUAAUUCAAUUCUAAUAAAAUUAAUGAAUAAGGAGAAUGUUAAUGACAAUUUAAAUAAAUUUUAAUUGAAAUAUUAGAUGAUUUUAAAUGAUUUAUGUUUUUAUUACUCGCACUUUGAUUAAUAACUGAUGUAUUAGAAACUAAAAAAUAUAAUCCAAAAAUUAUUAUACAUCAACGAUAUCUUUUAUUUUAUAAUCGGAUUCUUAUUUAUUUUUGAAUGUUCAAUUACUAUUGCAUUUGGAACCAAAUAGAUCUUUAACAUUUCCUUUUAUAUCAUCUAAUAUUAUCUAAUGAUUUUAGAAUCAAUAUUAUUAAUUAAAGAACAAACCAAAAUGAAUAACAUUUAUGAAUUUACUCUUCAUAUUUCAUAAUUUGUAUUAAUAAUUGUCAAUAAUUUGAUAGAAUUUCAGUAUCUGUGUAUUGGACUUUUUGGGCAUAUGUAUUUUUCAAUUAAAAAAUACAACAUAAUUAAAUAGAAAUAUUGUUUAUACAUAAAAAAUAUCUCAACUUUUGAGAUUAUUACUUUUUAAAUGCUUUUUAUCCAUAUUUCUGCAUUGAUCUUUUUUAUGGUUUCAAAUAUCUAAGCAGAUUCAUGGAUUUAAGAUCUUAGUGAAAGUGAAGACUGGAUCAAAAGUUAUUUAUACUCUUUAUAUUGGUCAAUUACUACAAUAACAACAUUAGGAUAGAAUCUAAUUUAAUUGAGAACUUAAUAAUUAAUUUUCGUUACUGUUUUAAUUUAGAUAGCUAAUAUAAUUUUUAUAAUCCUUCUUGUAAUUAAUAAAAAACAAUUAUUUUUUAAACUUGAUUAAUUUUCUGAAAAUAUAGAAAUGAUUAACAAUUAUUUAAAUAAAAAGUAAAUUAGUAAGAAAUUACAAUAUGAAAUUAAGACAAUUUUAUAUAAUAAAUGGUAGGAAAAGUAUCUAAGUAAUCAUGAAUAAGAAUUAUCAAUAUUAUAAUAAUUACCUCAAUAUUUAAAUGAAGAUUUAAAGCUAGAAAUGUUUUCAAAGAUUUUUAAAUAAAUUCCAUUCUUUUCAUAAAUCUCUUAAGAAUGUUAUAGAGAAAUAAUCUUAUAAUUGAAAGAAUUCACAUAUUUACCUAAUGAAAUUCUUGAUUAAACAGGAUUAUAUUAUUGUUCAAAAGGAAGUUUUGAGUUAUUUUUACCAAAUAGAGUAAAGAUUGAAUUGAAUCAUAAAAAUAAUUCUUUUUAUGGUUUAAACUAUCUAUUCUAUGAUAAAUAGGAAGUUUGUUAAGCUAUAUCUAUAAAUAAGGGAUAAUAUAUUUAUUUGAGUAGGUAUUCAUUUUUGAAAGUAUUGAGGAAAUAUCCAGAUGAUUAUGUAAGAGUGAGAUUUUAUUAUUAAUUAGUAAAUGUAUAGAAUGUAAAUGGAGAUGAAUUAAAUAGAUUUAGGAAUUAAAUGCCAUUUAUGUUAUAAUUCGAGACAUAGUUUAGAUUAGUGUCCAAAAAUUCACUUGUUUAUAAAUAAAUUAAGUUUGAUAUCAAGUCAUUUGAAAUCAGAAGAUAUGAGAAGAUCAAAAUACAAAAGAAAAAGAGAGAGAAGUGCUAAUGCAGUAUUUUCUUAAAGAUUGUUUGAGGAUGCUGCAUCAAUGUUUUAAGAAAAUUUAAUAUAAGAUGAAAAAAUUAAGGAAUUCUCAAUAAUUCCAUAAUAAAUUUAAUAAAGAAAUCAAAAAAUAAAAUCGAAAUCUUUGAAUUCAGAUGAAAAUUCUAAAGCUUUGUAUAAUUCAAAUUCUGGUCGCAGUUUGAGUGCAAUACCAAAGCCAUAAAGUUCAGGGUUGUCUUUUAGUACAUAUUCGAUGUUGAAAGAAGUUUAAGGAUAGAGAAAGAUUUCAAAAUAAUAAGAUAGCGACAAGAUUUCUAGUAAUUCUUAAAAUAAAUAGCAUCAAUCAAGUUCGAAUAGUUUUAAAGAUUUACAUAUAACUAUGAAUAUGGAAGAUAAGAUUGUUGAUGAUUCAAUUUUUGCAGUCUAAUCAAGAAUAAAGAAAUAAUAAAUAGGAAAACAAGGAACAGCAUCAAUAAAGAUAACUCCAUCCAAUACUCCAUUACAGGCUAUUCCUUCAGUAAGUGAUAUCAACUCACUUAAUGAAGACAGUUUUGUUAAUUAAUAUUCUAUGAGUAGCAAAAGAUACUCUUCUCUUUAAAAAAAGGUUUCUUCAAAGGCUACUGUAGAAACAUAGAAAUAAUGUGAAUAAAUGGAGAUAAAAAAUAUGGAAUUCGAGUGCCCAAUUAAUUUUAAGCACUAUUUUCCCUAGCACAAUAUUUAAGAAGUAAUAGAAAAAUUCAAACAUUUUCAAAAUAGAGAUUUUUAAUGA